GUAGAGAGGAUUUCGCUGUCGAUCCCUGAUUUCCCGUGCAGCGACGGUGGCUGCGACGAACGAGAAAGGUCAAAGCGAGGGCACCGAUGGCAGCUGUCCCUAUGGCCGCCGACGAAGAGGAAGACCAGGCACCAGCGAGUGUGAGCCCUCCUCUUCCUCAUUCUGACCUUCCCUUCCCUUUCCCUCUCUUCUCUGAUCUCGCAUUCCUUCCUUUGUACUUCUUUUUCCUCUUUUAAGACGAAUCCGGGCGUUAUCCCACCUAGAAGAUCUCUGUCUUUCUUUUUUUCUAUCAUCUUGAAAACCACCUCCUUUUCUUCUUCCCUUUUUCUCACCUAAGGUUUCCCACCUCGCGGUUUGUUUCUUCUUCAUCUUUCUCGUUGUUCUUUGUCGACCCUGGUUUGCAUUUCGAUAUGGGGAGUAGAUGGCAGAAGGCGAAGAUGGCACUGAGCAGUCACCUCUGCGCCUACGUCCCUAGAACCCUGGAUGACACUUCGUCUUCUUCCGCGGCCGAGUCCGUUCCGGCUGGUCGGAUCUCCGGUUCGCGAUUAGCAAUGGAGCCCGAUUUCAGACCGUCGACACCGACGCCGUCAUCUUCUGGCCUGAGGCUGUCGAAGUCCAGUGGUAAAUCCUCUAAGAGAUUUUGUGCUAUUUGCCUUGGCACAAUGAGACCUGGCCAUGGGCAUGCCUUAUUCACUGCAGAAUGUUCACACAUCUUCCAUUUUCACUGCAUUGCUUCUAACGUGAAACAUGGCAAUCAAGUAUGCCCAAUUUGCCGUUCAAAAUGGAAGGAAAUCCCGUUUCAGGGUCCCACUGCAGACGUUGUGCAUGGAAGGUCAAGAAUCAAUCCUCUAGAUUGUCCUCAGGAGGAAGGCUGGAUGAGAAUUUUGCAUGGUAUGCCACUUCCUCGUGCAUCUCCGGAUUCUGGACAGCAACAUAAUCCUGUGUUUCAUGCGUCUGAGCCAAAUACGUUCAACGAUGAUGAGCCUUUAGAUUCCUCACUUUCUGAAUUGCUGGGAAGAGAUUACACAGAAAGUACAGAAGGCCUUACUAAAACAGUAGAAAUGAAGACAUAUGCAGAGUUUCCUGCCGUUUUAGCUUCAGAAAACUGUGACAGUUUUACUGUACUGAUCCAUCUCAAAGCACCUUCUGCAACCUCAAGACAGGGCCAGAGAAAUCACAGGUCAGUCUUCCAGUCUCACCAUGAACGAGCACCUGUUGAUCUUGUUACUGUGCUUGAUGUGAGCGGCAGCAUGGCCGGGACGAAGCUUGCCCUCCUGAAGCGAGCAAUGGGGUUUGUUAUUCAAAACCUUGGCCCAUCUGAUCGACUCUCAGUUGUGGCUUUUUCCUCCACUGCUCGACGGCUCUUCCACCUUCGCCGAAUGACUGAUUCUGGUCGCCAGCUAGCAUUGCAAGCAGUAAAUUCGCUGACUUCAAGUGGGGGAACCAACAUUGCUGAAGGGCUUCGGAAGGGUUCCAAUAUUUUAGAAGAUCGGAGGGAGAAGAAUCCAGUUUGUAGCAUAAUUCUUUUGUCUGACGGACAAGACACUUAUAAUAUUGCUGGAGGGAGCCAGAGCCGUCAGGGACCUGCCGACUAUCAGUCUUUGCUGCCUGUCUCAAUUAGACGUAGUUCGCAACAGGGACAGGCACAAGUGCCUGUUCACACAUUUGGAUUUGGAGCAGAUCAUGAUGCUGCCUCAAUGCACUCGAUAUCAGAGUCUUCUGGCGGCACAUUCUCCUUCAUUGAAGCUGAAAAUGUGAUUCAGGAUGCAUUUGCACAAUGCAUAGGCGGUCUUCUCAGUGUGGUUGUUCAGGAAUUGCAGGUGUGGUUUGAGUGCACAACUCCUGGUGUAAUUAUCAACUCAGUCCGUUCUGGUAGUUAUGCAAGUGGCGUUUCGGAAGACAGAAAGAAAGGGAAUGUGGAUGUGGGUGACUUGUAUGCUGAAGAGGAAAGGGACUUUCUUGUUGACGUUCAGAUGCCUGCAUGCUGCACAACAAUCUCUACCAUGCAGAAUGAAUUUGAGGUUUUGGGGGUGGGAUGCGUUUACAAAGACCCAGUACUCCAAGAACAUGUCAACCUUGAUGUGAACAAGGUUGUAAUUCAGCGUCCAAGGACGAUUAGCCCCCAGCAGAAGAUUGCGUGCCUGGAGGUUGAUAGGCAGAAAAUGCGAGUUAAGGCAGCUGACGCAAUGUCUGAAGCUCGGGGAUUAGCGGAGCAAGGUAAUCUUGCUGGUGCGGUGUGUGUGCUUGGCAAUCAGAGGAAAGCGUUGUCGGAGUCCAUGGCUGCUCAGGGUGAAGAUCGGCUCUGUAUCGCACUUGAUGCGGAGCUUAAGGAGAUGCAGGAUAGGAUGGCAAGUCGCCAAGUGUAUGAGGCAUCUGGACGGGCGUAUGUCCUUUCAGGUUUGAGCUCACAUUCCUGGCAGAGGGCUACAGCUAGGGGUGACUCAACAGACAGUGGAAGCAGCGUACAUGGGUAUCAAACGCCAUCCAUGGUUGACAUGUUAAUGCGAUCCCAUACUUCGUUUAUUUCAUCAGGUGGCCAACGGAGCCGCCCAACAAGACCACCAAUAAAGCCUUCUCGGUCAUGCCGAGGAACUCUGCAGGCCCGGUAAAUUUAAGUUUGUUAAGUGAAACUCACAAUUUAUUUUUUGGACGUUGCUGCACAUCAUGCGUUAAAUGUUCUCCAUGUUCUUGUAUAUGAAUAAGAAGAGAAAGGUAAAGCCUGUAGAAAGGUGGUGUAUUUUUU